AUGGUUGUCACUUUUGACAAGGUUGACACACGACCGGCCCACAUCGAGGCCAUCCUCAGCGGCCUCGACCGGUAUAACCCCGAGACAACCACAAUAUUCCAGGACUACGUGGUUCAACAGUGCGAGGACCGGUCAUUCGACUGCUAUGCCAACCUUGCUCUUCUGAAGCUCUACCAAUUCAACCCCCACCUCCUCCAACCAGAGACUGUGACCAACGUCCUCGUCAAGGCUCUCACCGUCUUCCCAUCUCCCGCUUUCUCCCUCUGCCUCGCUCUCCUCCCCGCCUACACCCAGCCCUUCCCCAAAAAUGAGGCCGAGGCCCAGGCCGCCCAGACAUCCGACUUUGUCGAAUCCGUCCAGAAGCUCGCUCGUCUAUCUUCUCUCCUCGAGUCCGCUCAAUAUACUCAGUUCUGGUCAACGCUGAACUCCGAUGACCUGUACGCCGACCUUGUUGCCGACGUUGCCGGCUUCGAGGAGCUCGUCCGCAUCCGCAUUGCCGUUGAGGUUGGCAAGGCCUUCCGUGAGAUCAACGCUGAGGUCCUAGAGCAAUGGCUUGACGUCCGGAACCGCGAGGCUCUCGAGAAGUUCGUUACCGAGGUGUGCACCUGGGAGGUUGAGAAGUCUGGCUCCAGCACCGUCAUCAAGGUGCCCACAAACAAGGAGAACGAGGCUCGCAGUGAAGUCAAGAGCGAACGUGUUGGUGUCGAUAUGUUCGGCCGCGUCAUCCGGAGAGGAUUCGAGCAGGCUGCAUAA